UUUCUCUGUCUAUCAGUCUGUCUGUCUGUCUGUCUGUAUCAGUCUGUGUUGCAAUGGCCACCAGAUAUGUAUUUGACCCACAAAACCCCCAUUACCAAGAGGGGAAACACAUGGUUCUUGAAAUGGAAAUUGAUCGCCUUAUAGCUGAAUGCAAGAGAGCAACUUUGGAGAGGAAACGUGCAGGCUCUGGAGGAGAACCUCCACGGACCUCUAAAAGGGUCUUUAGAGGGGUAGGUCGUGGCAAGCCAAGGGGAAGGCGAGGAGGGCGACGCAAAGCCUCAGCUACAGUCACAUACCCUCCGGUUGAGUGUUCCCUGUCAUCCAGUGUGGAGGUUCCCUCAGAAAUACUAAAUCCUCAAGAGGAAUUUGAGAAAAAUAUGGAGAGACUCUCAAAUAUUUUGGCAUCAUGUCUUUCUGCUGAGCCUCAAAGAAGCUCUGCUUCAUCAUGGUCUUUUCGGCAGCAGAAAGCCUCAGGGCGCUGGAAAGAGGCAAGACCAUACCACCUACAAUGCCUUAUCGCAAAGGAGGCUGUUGGUCAUCCCUUGUGUUGCCUUUGCCACGAGCCUGCUGUUAUUAGGUGCAGAGAGUGUCUUCCUGAGGAUUGGUUCUGUGGGGACUGUGAUGUAUUGCAUCACAAAAAGCAGCCACUCCACAACAGGGAAAGUGUGAUUCGAGGGUUUUUUGAAGCCAUUCCUCCAACCUCAUGCAUCAUUAAAGGAGAAGGUGGAUAUUGCACCCAUGAGCAAGCUUGCAUUUUGCCAACUGUGAAGGUGCCAGACUGCUCCUGUGAAGGCACAAACUUCACUGUAUUACCAGGCAAACCGGUGAUUUGA